CUAUAUCAUCCCCCAUCCUCCUCCACGUCUGCCAGAGAAGACCAAGCUAUUCCCAAAAAUGAAGCUUUUAGAUCAACUAUUUUAGAGAAAAAGGAUUCAUGGAGAGGGUCUUCCCGGUGGAUGAGAUCACUGACUCUUUCUGGGCACCAUCGCCGGCGCCUCAGCCGCCGAUGUGCGCCGCCGGAGCCGGAGCCAGUCGGGGACCGAUGAACCGGAGCCCUUCCGAAUGGUUUUUCGAGAAAUUCCUUGAGGAGGCGGCGAUCCGCGGGAGUUCCUCGCUUUCUUCGACCAAGGUGGCGGGAAAUCCUAGCCCCAAUCCUGAUUCGAACCCUAAUGCUUCCGUUUCUUCGAAAGGUGGAGUUGACGAUGAUGUCGUCGAGAUCAAGAGGCCGUUGCUGCAGGAGGGUGAUCCGCCGACGGAUGUUGAUCCGGGGGAGUACGCCGCGCUUCUCAAGAAAAAGCUUGAUAUGUAUUGCGCCGCUGUGGCGAUGUCACGGGGUACAAGUGUAAAACUUCAAGAUUCUUCUUUAGUUAAUAGCUCUCUGGCUCCACAGGCUUCCCAAAUUGGAUCUCAAGCUCUUAUUAAUGAUGAUGGAAUUCUGGGCACUCAAGCUAUAGCUGUCGUACAAAACUCAGUUGUCCAAGGUAAACCUGCUAAUAGUGGUUCAUCAAGGGAUCAAUCAGAUGAUGAUGAAGGUGAAGGAGAAGUGGAAACAAAUGACAGUUUGGACCCUGCAGAUGCAAAACGUUUUAGGAGGAUGCUAUCAAAUCGGGAGUCUGCGAGGCGCUCUAGAAGAAGAAAACAAGCACAUCUGAGUGAGCUUGAGACACAGGUUUCACAACUAAGAGUUGAGAACUCAUCAUUAUUGAAGCGCCUUACAGAUAUAAAUCAGAAAUACAAUGAAGCUGCAGUUGAUAACAGAAUUUUGAAGGCAGAUGUGGAAACUUUGAGAGCGAAGGUGAAAAUGGCAGAGGAUUCUGUAAAAAGAGUAACUGGUGUGAAUCCCAUGUAUCCAACCAUGUCGGAUGUUUCAUCACUUAGCAUGCCUUUCGCCGGAAGCCCUUCUGAUGCAACCUCAGAUGCUGCUGUUCCCAUCCAAGAAGGUCCAAACCAUUACUUUCAGGGUGCCCACUGUGACCAAGGGAUCAACCCCUGCCUUUCAAAGAUCCCUCCUGUGGUAUCCCCUCCUGAAGGUGCCCAUCCUCCUGUUGAUGUAUUAAAGAUGGGAAGGACGCCAUCAAUGCAGCCCGCAGCCAGCUUGGAGCAUCUCCAGAAACGAAUUCACGGUGGUGCUAGCUCAUGCACACCUGUGCCAUGGGAUGGUGCUGCGGAUUGGGAGCCCGAUACCCCUGCCAACAACAACAAACAAAACCAGGUAUAAUAAAAUAGUAUCACCUCUAAAUGUGCCAAAUACGCCAGUAUUAUUUACAUGAAGCUACCUCUUCUUAUGCUGUUGUAUUUGUCAAACACAUUUUCAGCAAAAUGUGGCAUUAUUAUUUAGUCGAACGCUACAUGCGGCUAGUUUUAUCUUCAUCUAUUUUACAGUCUGAGUCAUUGGUCAAGUUUGGCUGCUUUCAAGCAAGUUGUUAUCUGCUAGAGCUAUGCCAGUCUUCCUUGUAUGGCAAGUCCAGUGUUUUUGUAGUUAUACAUGAACUGUCACUCACUAUAGGUCCUUUAUAUUACUCUAUAUAAAUGAUCUCAUCAUACAAUUAAUUAUUGUCUAGUUUAA